AUGAGAGAAAAUCGUUUCAUAUUUGGAGAUCUUAGCUCUACCCACUGCAAUGGCGAACAAGUGUCAAUGAAAGAUUUCUUUCAGGAAAAAUCAUUUAAAAAAUUUGAAAAGGAAUGUCAUGCAACCACAUGGCUGACAUGGUCUUCUGUUGUGUUGGUCCUUAUUCUCACCACGAUAUUGCUUACAGCAUUUAUGAAAAAAUAUCGUGUUCAUAUUGAUUAUGUCAUUCUGCGCCUGCGUAGUAGAUGGAAUGGCAUCAUACCAGUGGUUAAUACCAAACAAUUCCGGUUUGAUGGGUUUGUUUCAUACGCAGAAGAUCUAGAGGACUUUGAGCUCGUAUCUACAACUCUAUACAAGGAAUUGAAACGUUUAGGCUUUGAGAUUAGCUUACCGGACGAAGACUUUAUACCGGGUAGAUCAAAAGCUAAGCAACUCCUACAGUGCAUUGACGAAAGCCGUAAAGUUAUUAUCGUCAUCACUGAAAACUUCCUUGCUAGUGGAUGGAACUCAUAUGCCGUUCAGAUGGUGGUUACUCAUGCCUUUCACAAUCACAGAGAAAAAUCCAUAGUUGUGAUAAUUAAAGACGGCAUUUCCAUAGAAAAAUUACCCAAGGAUCUUAAAUAUAUUUGGUGGUCUGUUAUAAGAAUUACCUGGCCAGAGACGGAAGAAAAUAUGGAAACAUUUUGGGAAGAGUUAUCCAAAGCUUUGGACUUGGAUUAA